UGAGAGCAGUAGCAAUGAAAGUAGUAUGGAGAAGGAAGACAGUGCCAGUCCUGAAGAUACCGUAUCAAUUUCAGAGUCCAGCAGCCAAGAGCAGACUGCAAGCAGCUACACCUCUGCUGAUGAAGGCAUGCAAGGGGACGACCCAUCAGUCUCCUUUGGGGAUACAAAUGAAUUUGAUGCUUUAAACUUGGAAUUAGUUUGUAAUGAAAGUAGUCAGAACACAGGUGACAGUGGAGAUGAUGGAAGAAGUAGUUAUGAACUUUGUAGCUCACAUGACGAUAGUGAGAAACAAAUCAGCAAUACACUUGAUGGAAGUAAACAAGUAGCAAAUGAUGAUUCAGCCCUUCUAGGUAGUGGACUCACUACUGAGAGCAGCAGUGCGCAACAACAGGCAAAUUCAUCACUAAGUAGUGAAAGUUCCUCAUACGAACAUAUCACAAGCGAGAUGUCAAACAGCAGUAGCAGCAGUUCUGAAGAAAACUUUCAGAUUCGACCAUCAGCACAGAGAAGCAGCUCAGAAGAAAAUAGAAACGGUUUCUCAGAUUAUAGCAAGUCCUCAGAAAGUGAUAGCAGUUCAGAAGAGCAUGGUACAAAUGCAUUUUUCACACUUAGCAGCAGCAGUUCAGAAGAACAUCAGAACAGUUCUUCGGAAGAAAGUCACAGCAGUUCUCAAGAAAGUAAUAGCCAACUCUUAAAUUCUAGCAGUAGCUCAGAGGAGGAUCACAGCACCUUCAACAAUAACGAAGACAAUCUACAACAGCACAAGAAAAAAGUCGUAAAUGGAACUGAAAGCAGUUCUGAGGAAAUUACUGAAAACAAAGGAAAUGAUAGCUCAGAAGAGGAGGAUCCCACUAAAUCUGCAGAAGAAGACAGUGACAGCUCCUCAGAAGAGAGUGACAGUAUAUCUGAAGAGAGUGAUGAUAGGAAAUACACAUUACCUCACAGCAGCUCAGAAGAGAACGGCACUAAAUCGUCAAAUGAUCCAACCAGUUCGCCGGAGGAUGUCACCAGAUCACAAGAGAUCGACAUAUCGGAUGAAGACAGUGAUUCCACCGAAAAUAGCACUAUGUCAGAGGAGAGUCUGUCGAAAGAAGAUUCACAGAGUCAGUCCAAAGAAGACAGUGAAUCCACAGAGGAUAUUAUAAGUGACUCGAGCGAGUCCAGUGAAAGCGAAUCUAAUGAACAAGAUAGAAAAGCAGACACUGACAGCAGCAGUCUGUCUGAGGAGCAAACAAGGGAGAGUUUUGAAAGUGAUUUAAGAAAAAUGAAAUUGUAUGAUGAUUUUUUGAGCAGGCGCUUAGGAGAUGAUACUGACUGCCAGGAUGGAACCAAGUAAGAAGUCAAGGGAAAGGGUCUGACUGCAGUGUACCAUUCCUAAAAUGCACUUUGAGGGAACAUUUUAGCCAUUUUUUUUAUUCAACGUCUGGAUAAAAUAUAAUCAUUGUAUAAAUAUUUAUAAAGGACUAUGCUGGAAACAUAUAAAGUGCAAAAUAUUUUGUCUGUCACUGAGAAUUCUCACAAUCAUUCUGCCUUAGUGUAAACCACUAAAACAGUAUUGUUAAAGCAUCUUCAUACUUGAAUAAAUUAAAUUACAUUUUUCUAUAUAUAAUUGUUACUAUGUCUGGGAGUACAUUAUAAACAAGCAUAUUGUUCAUUGUAUGUUUUAAGGGAGCAUUUCAUGUUUAAAGUUGAAAACAUUAUUUCUAACUGGAAUUUCAUCAGGCUUUUAAGGUAGCACAGGUGAGAAAAAUUAUAUGAAUUAAGGAGGACUUUCAUUUCAGAAUGGAAUAUAUUUUCCAGGUAAUAUCAGGUUGCCUACUUCAGAGAAAUUUAUUGAGGUCUGAGCAUUCUGCAUUUGUCAUUAUAAUUAUACCUGUUGUCAUUGCUGAACUUCGUUUUGAUCACUUGGAAAUGUUUGUAACCCUUCCGAAACUGGAACACAUUGCAGAACAAUCAUGUUUCAUAAAGUUUUUAAGGAUUGUCUUAGAAAAAUGACUGCAAGCUUACUCUUAUAUUUUAGCUUGCAUUUGCUUUAUGUCUUGUAAAAUUUCUUCCAUUGAAUACUUUUUGAAGAAAACAAAAAGGAGUGUAACACCACAAACAUAAAACUGGAACUUUAAUACAAUUAAAACAAGAACAGGAUAAGCGCUUUCGGCAUGU